GCAAGCAUGUCGGACUCUAGCUCUAAGUCCGACUCUACUAGUUCGAGCUCUUCAAGCUCUAGUUCAGAUUCAAGUUCAAGUUCUAAAUCGAAGAAAUUUAAAGUUAGUAGGGAGACCAUCAAGAGUGUUUCCAACUGGGUGGUCACGGGGAUCGACGAGAAAGAGGUGAAGAAGGACCGAGAGACCUUCAAACCCAAGUUGGCAAGGAAAUCAGAAUUACUCACAAAUCCUGAGAUGGAUGAGUCCUUUUAUUAUCGUUUGAAGACGAUAAAGAACUCCAGAGCAUCGAAGUCAAACAUCGAUCCAAUUGAGAAAAUUUACCGAAGUCAAACCUUUAAAAUUCUUGAUCUUGCUAAACCGUUACUUUAUUUACAUAGCCGUGCUAAUUUGAAGAAAAAGUCGAGAUCAGACGCCAAGGCAAUCAAGAUCGCACUGAGACUCUGGGCCACGCUAUUAAACGACGUCACCAGAGCACGUCGACGCAACAUUUUGACCCAGAUUUAUCCCGGAUUCACCAGUUUGCUGGAUAACAAGAAGAUUCUCCCAGCUGACGGCGGGGAGCAUCUGUUUGGCCCAAAAUUCAUCGGUGAGCUGGUAGACCAGAUGAAGACAAUGAAUACCAUGGAUAUUCAAGCAGGUGAUAAGAGUGGGGUGGUUCCAGUUACGCCACUUCAGAGACCAGCCAGGGCAUCCACUUCAGCAGCGGCAUAUGGUGGUAGCUCGCAGUCUAACAACAAUCGAUACAGCGGAUACAACAGCAGCAACCAUGGCGGAAACUACAACAACUAUCGCAGUGGAAAUAACAAUUAUACCAACCGUGGUGGCAAUAGAGGCUUCAAUGGCAACCGCGUCAACCAGAACGGCAGAAAACUGUAAAAAAAAAAAAAAAAAUACA